CGUCGCCCGGAUGCUGUCAGCUCGAUGUUUACAUGAUUUUCUGUGCAUGGUUAUUUACAAGUUCACCAUUUGGUGUGAUAACGUUCCACAAUGGAUGAAUCUAAUGCCAAAGAGGCAAUGAGCUCCAGCCAGAAGUUCCCCAUGUCCCCGGGGUCGCUGUAUGACACGUCUGUCCAGGACAACUCCAUCAGCCUCACCCAGUACCACGAGUACCCCUCCACACACCCCUUCAUCAACACAGAGUUCAGGAGAGCAGCGGGCAAACUGUCUUCAUCAUAUCCAGAGAAUAACCGAGAUGCGGUGGUCUCAGCUCUGCGGAAUCUUCAGGACAAGGUCCGGAAGCUGGAGCUGGAACGGUCUGCGGCAGAGAACAACCUGAAGUCGCUGGCGUCGGAGACGUCCCGCUACAAGGACAUGCUGCAGGGGGAGCAGGACAACAAGGACUCCACCAGCAUCCUCGUCAACAGACAGACCAAGGAGUUGGGGUCGCAGUUGUCGGCCGCGGAGACGAAGUGUGACGUCCUCGAGAAGCAGCUGAACUACAUGAGGAAGAUGGUGCACAAUGUGGAGCGGGACCGCCUGGACACCGUCGCCCGCACCGUCGUCGUGGAACAGCAGAGGGAGGAGGUAAUGCCCAGGAAGUUCAAGAUUCAAGCGGAACGCAUCUCCGAACUGGAGCGAGAACACCUCAAGCUGACAGCCACGCAGAAUCUAGCAGAGUCCAAGAUACGAGAACUGGAAGACAAGCUGAGAGAUGAACGGUUGACCAGAAGGAUGACACAACAGAGAGCUGCAGAGCGGGAAACAGAUGCUGCAGCUCAGAGAGUGUACUUCGCUGCCGAGGCCAAUGGUCGACCGCCGGUGAAAGCCAAGAAGCCAACAAAGAAGAAGAAGAAGAAAGUAGUGGCCCCCAAGAAGACGAGCAACCACAACACCAGGAAGGCAGAACCCUCCAAACACUACAGGCUGAACCUGGCAGAGAUUCCCUUUGUGGCUGGGAGGGCAACAACCCCCAGCCAUUCUGUAGGCGCCAAUGUCCAAAGGGUUCUUGCUUGGAUGAAGACCCACAGCACAGCCCUGUGCCAGGAACACUACCAGAAUGGUGACAUUCCCAGCACCGAGAGCGCCUCCUCCAGCUCCAGCAGCAACAGCCUCGACAACGACCUCUCCGACAUCCUGCUAGCACUGCAGGAUGAGUUUGGGCAGCUCAGCUGCGAGCACCAGGAACUGGUCAAGCAGAUCAAUGAGGUGGCUGACCUGCGGGCAAGGGAAGACAUGGAAAGGGAGUUAGACAGUCUCAUCGUUAAGAUGGACGUCAAAGGGCAACAAAUAUCAAAAGUCAGACAGCAUCAACAGAAGGUGGAAGAUAUGAAACGAAAAAUGAAGACAAAAAAGUCAAAAGAUGCCCCUUCUCAUCCACGCCCUCAGUCUGCCAUGGCAAGUUUCCCAGCUAGGAGAACCUGUGAAAGUACACAUUCCAAUUCCAACCCCAAAACUCAGUGCUGUACAAGUCGAACGUCGCGGCAACACACUGCCAGUGCCCGACAAGUUUCACUGGACGUUCUCAAAGACAUGAAAAAAUUACAAACAACAUUACGGAAAGACGACCUAUGCUGGGAAUAAUGCGUGGUGCCAUUGUGAUAUUAGAACGAAUUGUACAGACAAACCUAUGGAAUUAUUUAUUUAUGUAUAUACAGUGGUCACAACAGAGGCUUUUGCCACCAUCUUUUAACCACACUUGCUACAAGGAAAUCUCAACAGGAAGGCUGUGUUAUUUUGUUAUCUUGUUUUUGUCUUGUUUCUGCAUGUUUGGAGGCAACCAGAUCUGCUUUUUUGAGGAUUUAGGCCAAACUGUUUCAUUUUUGUCUAUUUUCAAGGUUUUUUUUCAAAAAAGAAGAUUUGAGGUUAUAAAAUAUAAUACUGUUGUACAUAACAACAUACAAGCCAACGGUUUUUAAAAAGAGCGUAUUUUCAAUGACACAUAGGAUUUAUGUGUUAUUUUCCAUAAUGCUAAAUCCAUAGAAAAUGACAAUAAUUGUUCUGGCUGUAAAACAAAAAAAGGAAAGAAAUUUGAACUUUUUCAGUAUUAUUUGUAUAUGAGAUUGAAAGUAUUUGACCUAGGACCAUAUUGCCUACAUAUAUUUCAAAUUAGCAAAUUAAUUAUGCAACAGCUAUCAAGGUUAUUUAUGGUCCUCGUCACUUGAAAUAGAAUCAUGAAAUAUUGCGAUAAUUAAUUAACGAGAAUAGCUGCAUAUGUGCUAAUACUUAAAAAGUGCAAACAAGCCAUUCAGCCGACAAGGAAUAUCACUUACAGUUGAGACAAAACUUACAAAGUGAGAUUUUCAAGAAAUGUCCAUAUUCUCUGUGAUAAACAUCAUCAUUCAGUUUUGAUCAUGUGGUUACAAUCCGACUGAAGAGUGGCAAUCUGGUAGCGGCGAGCAUCUAUAUUGAGCAGCGUGUGCAGCAGAGGUUCAUUACCAGCACAAACUGAAAGAGAAGUAUGUCCAGAUGUAGUAUUUGAAGAACUACUGAUAUAUAACCGCUCGCACGCACCUGACUGUCGAUUCACACUCAUACUCUAACCAUGUGAUCAAAACUCAAUGAUGAUGUUCAUCACUAAGAACAUAGACACUGCACGAAAAUCACACUUUGCAAUUUUUGUCAUCACUGUAAGUAAUAUUCUUGAAUGGCGGAAUGGCUUUGUUUUCAAAUUUAUAAGUGAGCAAGUUCAAAUUAAAAUUUAACAUCACAUCGGCAUUAUUUCAGCCAUAUAGCGACGAUAAAUUUAUAAGUAUUAGCACACAUGCAGCUUUCUCUGUUAAUUAAUCAUUGCAAUAUUUCGUGAUUCUAUUUCAAGUGGUGAGGACUAGACUAUAGUCCUGGAGGGCUAUAGAAUCAGUAGUGAUCUUCAAGGAGAUUUUCUGCAAGAGACUAGCAACAUGAGAGACAGAAUAUUUGCAAUUCCUGUUACAAAUAGGUUGUUUGGUUUACUACCCAUGGUUAUUUUUGGAUGAAAUAUUGAAAAGUAUUUGGGAUAACCUUUAUUAUGUAUGUAAUAAUCAUUAUUCAUUUAGGAUGAUAUGUCUGUAUAUAUCAGCUAUAUUUAUAUACUCAAGCCUUCAUUCUUGAUCACUUGGUUUACAUGUUUGGUUAUGUAAUUAUAAUUUUUUUUUGAAAGAUAAACGUCUAUAAAGAAUUCUUUUAAGUAUUGUUGGAGUAAACUGAAAAGUGUUUGAUUUUUUUUUAACUUCACUUCCCAUUUUGCUUGACUUUGAAGAUUUCAACAGAUUUGGAGGGAAUUUUUUUUUCUGAAACAAUUUUCUGUUUUCGUACAGUGAACCAAGUAAUUAAAAAGAAAAGUUUGAGAAAUAUGUACAAAUCAAAUAACCUAAGGUGCAAAUAUCCGUACACAUACCUCAAUACUAUUGCUUUUAUUUAUGUCUGUAUUGCUCAAAAUGUUGUAUUAGUGCUACAUAGUAUCUGUUUCACAAGAGUAUACUUUGUCUCAUGUACUUAUCUGGAAUACCGUUCACAUGUCAAAUACAGAAUCUUGAAAAGGUUCACAUGCUUAUAACAAAUUUACAGUAAUUUUAUCUACUUUUAAACUUUUGAUUUUAUAUGACAGCAUAGGCUAGUCAUGAAUUUUACAAUUUUCUCAUUUAUUCUUCAUCCUUGACUCUAGAUGCUCCAUUACUUACACACAGGUAAAACACAUGUAGAUCCCCAGUUCAUUAAUGAGGUAGACUUUAUGUUGUCAUUUUUUGUGUCCGAAACUUUUUUCUAAUUUGUUAUAUUUGCUCAUAGGAUGAGGCGACUAUAGCAUGUAUAGUGACACGUUUCAGUUUCCUGCAUUCCACAGUCCUGCUUAUUCCAGCCUCUGUUACUUAUUCCUCAGUGUCUCCAUUCCUUUAUAGUUUGUUGUUUCGGAGGAGACUGACACUGAAUCUGUUCACAGAAAUACACACAUGCAUACAGUGUUCGAUCUCGGGCUGCACUGAUGCUCAUUUUCAUAAGGCUUGUCUUAUUGAUUUUGAUCUUGUUUUCGUUGAUGAUAUAGCUUGUAAAUGCCACUGUUAAAAUACAUGUAGGUAAAUAUCAUUGGGUCAAUAUCACUGCAUUGGUGUUCCUGUGAGAUACAGGCAAUUGUCAUGAUGCAUUAGAGCAUCAGUUGAUCAUCCAUUCCCAGUGUCAUCAACACCUUCCUCAGUACUUUGUAUUAUGGGAUGGGAUGGGUGGGUUGUUGAGGAGGAGCUGCACACAUGUACUCACAGUGUAUUGGUUAGGCUGCACUGAUGCUCAACGUAAGUCGUUUUGGAGCAACAUAAUCCUCCAAGUCAUUUAUGACUGCUGGAAUUAUGACAAUUAAAACAGUUAUUCAAAAGUUGAUCGCUUCUGUAAGUAUUAGGUGGUACCCAUGCUUGACAUACCAGCUGACUGAGGAUCGGCGGGUUACAGUGUUUAACCCAGGGCUGCACUGAUGGUCAUGUUGGAGGAAAUUGUUGACAUGGAUUUCCAUCCUGUCUUUAUUGGCAUGACAGCUUGUCAAUGCCACCUCUGAAAGAAAUCUGCCUCAUUACCAUUGUAGAUACUGAUAGGUGUCAUGAUACAUCAGUGCAUCAGUGGAGCCAUUUCGUCAUCAACACCUUCAUCAGUAUAGUGUGGGUCCAGAGCAGGUGAGGUACACAAUGAUUGACGUAACAGUCCACUCCUGGAUGCUGUGACAGUUGGAAUAUUAGUGACUUCAGCAUUAAACAACAUUCACUCACUCACCCGUAACUACAUUUAUCAGCCAUGUAAAAAUCAAAUAAUGUCAACGUUGUGCCUUUCUUAGACAGAAGAAUCAUUGUGCCAUCAUUAUGCCUUUAUAGCUGUAUGUGUAAGCUGUUGUCUAUAGUACCUGGUGUGAUUCUGUCACUGUCCCGCCGUUGUCACUGUCUUGCUGUUGUCACUGUCCCGCUGUUGUCACUGUCCUCAGUAAAUGAACUCGCGCUUGACCUUUUCCAAAGAAUGAUUCUGGAGUUCUUCCAUAUGAGGGAGUGAUAGGUUAAGCUAGUUGUUAAGGUAUACCUAUUCAUACAUAUUUCAAUACAGACAAAUUUCUGUCCUUGUGCUACAGAUUCUUUUUGUGAAUUUGCAAAGAGGCAGGAGACAUAAGUUUAGAGGGUAUAUAUAUACUAAUUUCCAUUGAAUUUCUCAAAAACACCCUGGAAAUAAUAGUUUUAUAAUAAAACAAACAAAAAGAUGUUUAAAUGAAUGAGUCCAUUCGUCCUGCCUACCGAUGCUUUGGAAACUACAAUCAUUGCUGUGUCACUAGAACAAGGCUAAAGCAACAGUCGAGGUAUUUUUGUACUAAUUGAAAGUAAAAGUCUUCAUUGGAUCAGCGACGACAUUUAACCCAGACAGCUGGGUAGGUAUCAAAGGGAGACAAUCCAUACAUGGUUCUUCCAGGUGUGGUAUGGAAAUUAUGAAGCCAUGAAUGCUAAAAUUGCUUUUCACUCUAUACCACCACAUACCGCUUCCAUAUUUGCUAUGUCUAAUGAACAUAACCUAGUAGACCACUUGAAAGACUUGACUUUUAAGUUCUUCCAAAAUGUUUCAUUCGUUCAGUGUUAGUUGUGCAAAGGAGGGUGCCUUCUCUCAUAGAAAUACAAAAGAAAUAAGAACCCAAGGAUCUCUUUUUAUUCAAGGUUUCUCGUGUUCAAGUAGGUUUUGUCCUAUCCAUAAUCAAAAUAUGUUGAAAUUUCACUUCCAGCAUUAUCAAGAUCUGAGAGGCAUUAUUUAGGUGACACUUCUUGUAUAUUGGGGGCCCAGGCGGCCCAGUCGCUGUGAAGAGCACACCAGAAACCUAUGAUUGUGGGUUUCCAAUCCCGCUUCGCCCCGAUUAUGUUUCAAGGUUUGUCAGCACCAUACCCGUGCUCGUGGGUUUCACCAAAGUAGUAAACGUCAGACCUGCAUCACUCCGGGCUUUCCUCCCACAUCAAGCUGACACGCUGUGAUAUAACUGGAAUACUGUUAAAAGCGGUGUUAAACCCAACUCACUCACUCACUCUUGUAUAUUGUAUUGUUUACAGUUCAACCAACUCAUUGAGAAGAAGGAACUAAAUACUAAUGAAAAUGGAUUAGACACAUGAGACAAAAGGAAAUAAUUAAUCAAACAUAUGAAGUAGCAGAAAGUUGUUUUGGGCUUAUCCCGGUUGGUUUAAAUCAAUUAAAGUAAACAAUACAAUAGCAAGUUUCGCCUUAUAAUAGCACUCCAAUGUUUUUUAAAGUUGGCACAGCUACAUUCUGUCACAUAUGUGAUUCCAUGUUAAUACUCAUUCCAUAAUAUUGCUUUAACAGAGAAGAAUUUAUGACGAGAUGAAAUGUGACUAUAUGUUUAUAGUGCCUUCAACUGUUUCCAGAACUGUCCAGCAUCAGCCUUGUGUAAAGCCAUAAUGUUUAUAUUGUCAGUAUAUUUUAUAUAUAGUUUUUGGAAUCCUACAUGUUGAGUUAGCUCUGCUGUUGUAUUUCAUGCAUCGAGAGGAAGCAUACUGAUACUCCUCAUGCCAGAACCUGGUAAAUGGACAUUCUCAGUACAUGGUCAGGUUUUUAUGGAUACUUUCUAAUGAUCGUUCAAUUGCUUAGUAAUGGACAAACGUUCGAGUAAUUUCAUAUCGAUCAAACCUUUUAUUGUAGCUUCAAAAUCCCAGAUUCACCAUGAUUAUGUUUCAAGGUGCAAAAUGGCUAAGACAGAACAUUGCACAAAAUUGAGGUUAGACGGAUGAAAGAUGACAUUGAAGCCAGUUCAGUUAUGGCCAUGCAAUGUAGCAUCAUGUCUGAUUUUCUUUAGGGGCGGGCGGGUAGCCUAGUGGUUAAAGCGUUCGCUCGUCACGCCGAAGACCCGGGUUUGAUUCCCGACAUGGGUACAACUGGUGUCCCCCGCUGUGAUAUUGCUGGAAUAUUGCUAAAAGCGGCGUAAAACCAUACUCACUCACUGAUUUUCUUUACUAAGUCAUUAUGUUUCGUUUCAUCAAGAGUUCCAUCUAUAAUUAGCGUAAAGCUUCAAACAUGCUUCAUUUCUUGGUUCAGCAGUCAUCUUGGUACCCCAAUGAUUACACCUGGGAUCCCCCAAAAUCAUUGAUGAGAUUGUGGAGUCACACAUAGAGAGACUCAGGUAAAUGCCUGCCUAGGGCUUUCCUCCAACAUCACUCUAUGACCACUCACUUGUGUUUCCCAGGUCCAUCUAGUCAUUGUAAGUUGAGGAAACCAAGCGAAAGUAGUAUGAAUCUUGUACACUCUUGACGUAAAAGAUUCAAUUUUAAGAUACUUUACCUCACACCUAACAUUAGGAGGAAUAUUUGUAUGAAAAUGGCCAAAUGUGACCAAAGAUACCAAUUCUUCAGUUUAAAUAUUGUAAGAAAGUAUGGAUCCUGAUCGGGGGAUGACAGAUGGGAAUUACUGGCAGGCUGACCAUUUCAUAUGCUAUUCAAAAAUAGUUAAGGGCCACCCAAUUCUUUCAUAUAACUAUAUUUCAUCUGACAGAUUAACUAUAGCAAUAUGAAAGAAUCGUGUGGUCCGCGAUUGGUAUUUGGGUUGGGGACAAUAUAUGUUUCAGUCAGUGGGUCAAGAGGGGCGGUCGGGUAGCCUAGUGGUUAAAGCGCUCGUCACGACGAAGACCCGUGUUCGAAUCCCAACAUGGGUACAAUGUGUGAAGCCCAUUUCUGGUGUCCCCCGCCGUGAUAUUGCUGGAAUAUUGCUAAAAGCGGCUUAAAAUCAAACUCAUUCGCUCACUCAUUGGGUCAAGACACAUUGUUUUUGUUAACCUGGAUAACGAGACAUGCUCAGUUUGUUUUCUGUUAUCAGUGCCUGUGGAUGAGGUGGAUCCUUUGUAAUCUCGCUUUAUGUGUUUGUCUCCAUAACAACAUUGUCAGCACAUUUUCAGCCAUCCUGGAAAUAUUCAGUUGGAAAAUGUGUUGAUGACAGCGUUGUGGUCCUGUGUAUCUAGUGUCGUAUCAUACAGAGUAUUUUAUCCUCACAAAUAAUGUCAUGUAUAUGAUAUGAAGUUAUGAAAUAAAAUGUUGAUAUUAUA